GCUUCCUUCUCAUUUUUAUCAACCCUCCUUUACCUUUUUUUUCCUUUCUUUCUCCCCCCUUCCCAGUUCCUAGCCCAGUUGUUGGGCUUCCUGAUCAGCGUGGUCAGCUCCAUAUUUUGUGGCCAUUUGGGGAAGGCCGAGCUAGAUGCUGUGACACUUGCUGUAUCCGUUAUCAACGUUACUGGCAUCUCAGUCGGCUCUGGUUUAGCAUCAGCAUGCGAUACCCUAAUGUCACAGUCGUACGGCGGUGGGAACCUGAAGCGGGUGGGGACCAUCCUGCAGCGGGGGAUCCUCAUCCUGCUGCUCUGCUGCUUCCCCUGCUGGGCCAUCUUCAUCAACACCGAGCAGACCCUGCUGCUCUUCAGGCAGGACCCGGAGGUCUCCAGGUUAACCCAGAUUUAUGUGAUGAUCUUUAUCCCAGCACUUCCCGCCGCGUUUCUGUACCAGCUGCAGACAAGAUACUUGCAAAGCCAGGCCAUCAUCUUGCCUCAGGUGGUGACAGGAGUCGCAGCCAAUCUCCUGAACGUGGCCAUGAACGCCCUCUUCCUGUACGCACUGAAGCUGGGCCUGGUGGGCUCAGCCUGGGCCAACACCAUUUCCCAGUACACCCAGGCGGUUCUCCUCUUCCUGUACGUGUGGUGGAAGAAAAUCCACGUCCAGACCUGGGGAGGCUGGACCAGGGAGUGUCUCCAGGAGUGGGGGUCCUUCGUUCGGCUGGCCGUGCCCGGCAUGUUCAUGAUGUGCAUCGAGUGGUGGACCUUUGAGAUCGGGAGCUUUCUUGCAGGUCUGAUCAGUGUGGUGGAGCUGGGAGCGCAGGCUGUAAUCUACGAGCUGUGCACGGCAGCCUACAUGGUGCCACUGGGCUUCAGCGUGGCUGCCACGGUCCGAGUUGGCAACGCCUUGGGAGCCGGCGAGGCGGAGCGGGCGAAGAAGUCCUGUAUCAUAGCCCUGCUGUGCACGGGGGCGUGUGCCGUGGUGGUCGGUACCUUACUGGGAUCCCUGAAGGACGUAGUGGGCUACAUCUUCACCAGCGACAAGCAGAUUGUGACCUUGGUGUCGAAGGUGCUGCUGAUAUUUGCCCCCUUCCACUUGCUGGAUGCCACAGCCGCAACGUGUGGCGGCGUGCUGAGAGGGACCGGGAAGCAGAAGAUCGGCGCCAUCGCCAACGCUAUUGGGUAUUACGUCAUCGGCUUCCCCAUCGGCAUCUCCCUCAUGUUCGCCGCCAAACUCGGGGUGCUGGGCCUGUGGGUGGGGAUGGUCGUCUGCAUAUUCCUGCAAGCCCUCUCCUUCUUGGCCUUCGUCUUGCGCAUGGACUGGAAGAAAGCAGCAGAGGAGGCUCAAAUCCGAGCAGGGCUCAAAGAGCCGCCAGUCGCCGUGUCCUCCAGUGAUGCUGCAGCGGACGAGACGGAUGAUUCAGAGUACCUCACAGGUGAAACGGACGUCCAGGAUGCCGUGGUUUUGCCCGACCCUGUUUUCGGGGGUGACACCCGGCCAGAUCACCCGCUCAUCCUGCAGGAGGACUCCGCGCCGGGCUUCGCCUCUCCAGGACAGAACCUGUUGUCGGGGAAGGCGCUGAUCUGCCGUCGCGGGGCGGCGCCGCGAAACCUGCGUUUCCUCAAGGCCCAGCACGGAAGGUGA